CGUAAACUUACCGCUCUCAUCAAACCAUAACACAAGCUGACAUGUGUUCCCGUUUCUGCGGUGUGUAUCAUGGCAGGACUACUGAAGAAAUGUUUGGUGUUAUGGCUGACGCCACCAUGCUCACAUAUCAGGGUAAAAGUCACAUUUUCAAGCUCUCCGCUGCUACAAAGAUUGGUAAGAUUGGAGGACCCCAAGCUACUUCAGACUGCAUGUUUCCUAAGUCAGGAACAGAGACCAAAACUUAAAUGCAGUCCCAACUUACACCAUGUUGCGUCAUUUCAUUGUGGAAAAACUUUGAUGUCAGAAUUCCAGAUAAAUGCUCCUGAGGGACACCACAGUGAUGAUAUCGUCACUUACGUAAAAGACGAAGGUGACCUUCAAAGGCUUCUUGGCAAUCUCACUCAACUUCUUUCUUCUCCCGACUUUGCCAAGAAAGUGAAAAUCAGCGCAGAGGAUGCCGAGUCAAAGAUUGAAGAGCUAACCCGGCUUCUUCUCAGCUUCAGAGCAGACCCUAAAAACAUCUUCAGGUUUCUAGAUUCCAAUCCGCGCGUUCUGAAUUCCAAUUGGGAUGUUUUGAUUGGUAACAUCCGAUACUUGAAUGAACUCCAGGUGUUCAGCAACCGCAUUCUUCUUGUCCUCGACCGUAACCCUAAGCUCUUCAGCGCCCGCUUGAACGACUUAAAAGAGCGCAUCAGGAGACUGCGCAAACUCGGCCUGAGAGAGGGCGGUCUUCAAAGGGUCAUCAUAACGUUUCCGACUAUCUUGACUCUGAAGCAAGUUAGACUCAAUGCAGCUAUCAGUAAGCUGAGAGCUUGCCACUUCGCAAGCAAGCAGAUCGCUACUGUGAUCAUUAACGCCCCUCAAGUUUUGGAUGCUGAGCCUAGUGAUAUUGAGCGUAGAUUCCAGUAUGUGUACUACAUGAUGGGCCUCACAAAUCAAGAGGACAUGGUCUCUGCAAACAUCUUCAAAUAUUCCUUGAGCCACACCCGGCAGCGACACAUCCUCCUCGAGAGACUCGGCAAAUACGAGAUGCCGGACAAGAAAGGACAAACACGUGUCGAUAACCCGAAGCUCAGCAGGAUCGUGGACUGUACAGACUCGAGGUUUGCUCAGAGAUGUGCUGGAAUCGACUUGGAGGAGUUUGAGAUGUUCGUCAAGAAUUUAGAAGCGGAGGAUGAGGUAGCAUUGGAUGAGGAGGAUGAAGGGAGGAACGAAGAUCUCGAAGAUGAAGAGACGGACGAUGAGUUAAGUGAUUAUGAUUACACAAAAGAUAAAUAAGUCUUGUUUGGAUUUAAAUUAACCAACAUACUUUAAAAGCCAAGUGUUCUGCUUUGUUUGAUUCAGCCGAACCAAACUUGACGAUGGGUAUUUAAAUAAGUCUAAACAAUUACCAAUUGCAUAGAGCUACUUUUUAUGAUUAAAAUCAU